AUGGGGUUUGGUUUGUUAGCUUCGAAGGCAGUCAGACCCGCCUCGAGGCUCCUCCUCUCUUCCAAAAACCCCACCAUCUUCCUCCGAACCAUCGUCUCCAAGCCUCCGCUUUGCAAUCCCGAGGCUUCCGCCGCGCAGCCGGAGCAGCCGCCACCCGCCGAUCUUCCUCCCCGGACUCCGCUCGCCGGUGCGCGCGUCCAUUUCGCGAACCCCGACGAUGCCAUCGAGGUCUUCGUGGACGGUUACCCCGUCAAAAUCCCCAAGGGAAUGACCGUUCUACAGGCGUGCGAGGUCGCUGGCGUCGACAUCCCGCGGUUCUGCUACCACAGCAGACUCUCCAUCGCUGGCAAUUGCCGCAUGUGCCUCGUCGAGGUUGAGAAAUCGCCCAAACCUGUCGCCUCUUGCGCCAUGCCCGCUCUUCCUGGGAUGAAAAUUAAGACUGAUACACCUGUGGCAAAGAAGGCUCGAGAGGGGGUGAUGGAGUUUUUAUUGAUGAAUCACCCAUUAGAUUGCCCAAUUUGUGAUCAGGGUGGGGAAUGUGAUCUUCAGGAUCAGUCUAUGGCAUUUGGCUCUGAUCGAGGGCGGUUUACUGAAGUGAAGAGAUCUGUGGUAGAUAAAAAUCUUGGACCUCUGGUGAAGACUGACUCUGGUGGAUUAUUUCUUUCUUCAAACAGGUGUGUUAGAUUUGCAACUGAGGUUGCUGGGGUUCAGGAUCUUGGCAUGUUAGGUCGUGGUAGUGGAGAAGAGAUUGGGACAUAUGUUGAAAAACUUUUGACAAGUGAGCUUUCUGGAAAUGUCAUAGAUAUCUGUCCUGUGGGAGCUCUCACUUCAAAACCGUUUGCAUUUAAAGCCCGAAAUUGGGAGUUGAAGGGCACAGAGACCAUUGAUGUUACUGAUGCUGUUGGCUCCAAUAUUAGAAUUGAUAGCAGAGGACCUGAAGUGAUGCGCAUUGUUCCUCGUUUAAAUGAGGUUAGGUUUUCUCAUGGAAAGGAUAUAAAUGAAGAAUGGAUUUCAGACAAAACCCGCUUCUGUUAUGAUGGUUUGAAAAGGCAGAGGUUAAAUGACCCCAUGAUUCGAGGUCCUGAUGGACGAUUUAAGGCUGUUAACUGGCGUGAUGCCCUUGCUGUGGUUGCAGAGAUUGCCCAUCAAGUUAAACCAGAAGAAAUUGUUGGAAUAGCUGGAAAACUUUCUGAUGCUGAGUCCAUGAUUGCGCUAAAAGAUUUCUUAAAUAGGAUGGGGUCAAAUGAUGUAUGGGGUGAAGGCAUUGGUGUAAAUACUAAUGCUGAUUUCAGAUCAGGAUAUAUUAUGAAUACUAGCAUUGCUGGUCUUGAAAAAGCGGAUGUGUUCCUGUUGGUUGGUACACAGCCACGGGUGGAAGCUGCUAUGGUUAAUGCCAGAAUACGCAAGACUGUCAGAUCAAACCAAGCCAAAGUUGGGUACGUUGGGCCUGCUACUGAUUUUAACUAUGACCACAAACAUCUUGGUACUGACCCUCAAACACUUGUUGAAAUUGCUGAGGGUCGCCACCCAUUUUUCAAGACACUCUCUGUGGCCAAAAACCCUGUUAUCAUUGUUGGUGCUGGUGUUUUUGAGAGGAAGGACCAGGAUGCAAUUUUUGCCGCUGUUGAAACCAUUGCACAAAAAGCAAAUGUUGUCAGACCUGACUGGAAUGGCCUUAAUGUACUGCUUCUCCAUGCCGCCCAGGCUGCUGCACUUGACCUUGGACUUGUUCCGCAAUCUGAGAAAAGCCUCGAGUCUGCAAAAUUUGUAUAUUUGAUGGGUGCUGAUGAUGUGAACCUAGACAAGAUCCCAGAUGAUGCUUUUGUUGUUUAUCAAGGUCACCAUGGUGACAAGAGUGUUUAUCGUGCAAAUGUUAUUUUGCCAACGGCAGCAUUCAGUGAGAAGGAAGGGACCUAUGAAAAUACCGAAGGAUGCACGCAACAAACAUUGCCUGCAGUUCCAACAGUUGGUGACUCCAGAGAUGAUUGGAAAAUAAUUCGAGCUCUGUCUGAGGUGGCAGGUGUGCGUUUGCCCUAUGAUACAAUUGGUGCUGUUCGUGCCCGAAUCAGGAAUGUAGCCCCAAACCUUGUGAAUGUGGAUGAGAGAGAGCCAGCUACAUUGCCGUCUUCCCUGAGACCAACCUUCACUGAGAAGGUUGACACAACUCCAUUCGGGGCUGUAGUUGAGAAUUUCUAUAUGACUGACGCCAUAACCAGGGCAUCAAAGAUCAUGGCACAAUGUAGUGCUAUGCUGUUGAAAAAGUGA